CCUGAGUAGAGUAGAGGCUGUAACUGCAGCAAAGGGAGACGGAGUCAUUUUCAAUCCAAUCAAAUAUUGAUUUCAGUACAAACACUGCAUGAGCAGAUGACCAACUUUUGGAUGUUUUGUGUAUCUUAAUACUUACCUCCUCUUGGACAGACUAUGAGCGCGGUUGAGUUUGUUGAUUUGAAUCCAUAUUUGGCUCUGGAUCGUAUUUUAUGUCGCUGUUUAACGUGAUGGCUCCCUCCACUCUCACAGCAUAAAACAGUUUCUUUGGAAUAGGCUUGGCUGCUCAGCUGAUGGCUUUGUCGUCGUCACAGGAACUGAGCUGGGUUAAUGAGUAUCCUGACGCGUUGAUAUGUUUCAGGAGUAUUGCUGGUCGGCGCCUAGUUACGCUGUGGUGGUCAGAGGGAGAGGGGGCUUUGAGCAGCUUAAGUAGACACAGCCUUUACAGGAAAAUGUCUAGAUGCAAAACUGACUGCUUAGAAAAACCGCUGUCCUCGGGCUUUAGAUGGUUCGGGCGUUUUGUUGGUAGCCACCCGUGGUGGUUUUUGAUUCUGCCUUUGUUCUUGUCUGGUGGUCUUGGAGCGGGUUUCAUUUUUCUUCGCGACAGACAGGCAAACGGCAUUGAGGAUCAGUUCACACCUGUGAACGGCCUCGCUAAACGAGAGAGGGCGUUUGUACAAGAUAACUUCCAGAACACUGGAGAUUUCUCACAGUUACGGCUCUCAACAGAGGGAACAUAUGGCUCCCUGAUAAUUACAGCUUUGCAGAACAUAUUAACAGAUGACGCGCUUACAGAAAUAAUUAACUUAGACAAACAAGUGAAACGUCUUAAUACAGAGAACCCUUUUGCAAGCCUUUGUGCUCGAAAUGAUGGAACGUGCAUGUCGAAUCCAGUGUUAGACAUUAUAAACUACACCGCCAGUAAAAUUUCAGAUAUCACUCUUGAGUAUCCAGAGCAUAAAGGGGUCUUCUUAGGGUCAGUCCUGGGGGGUGUACAGUUAAAAGAAGGUAGCUCGAAGGUUAAUAGUGCAAAGGCGAUGAGACUUUUUUAUUUCUUAAAAGAAGAAAACUUAAACGAAACCGUUCAGUGGCUGAAAGCGUUUAUACAUUUUUUUUCCAACUACACAGGACUGAACACGGUGUCUGUGUCUUACUUCACUUCCUUAUCAAGAGAAGAGGAGUUUGAGAGCAGUUCAGCUUCUGUGAUUCCUUUCUUUUCCAUCACUUAUUUUUUAGCCAUUACCAUCUCAAUUAUAUCUUGCUUGAGAUUGGACUGUGUGAGGAACAAGGUGUGGGUUGCAUCAUUUGGGGUACUCUCCGCUGGUCUGGCUGUGCUGUCCAGUUUUGGGUUGCUGCUCUUCUGUGGAAUGCCCUUUGCUAUGACAGUGGCUUCAGCUCCAUUUUUGAUUCUGGGAAUCGGAGUUGAUGACAUGUUCAUUAUGAUCUCCUGCUGGCAGAAGACUAAAGUUAAAGAUCAAGUUGAAGAGCGAUUGGCAGAAACAUAUAAAGAAGCAGCUGUAUCCAUCACUAUCACCACACUAACUGAUGUUCUAGCUUUCUACAUUGGCCUUAUGACCCCUUUCCGCUCAGUGCAGUCUUUCUGUAUGUACACUGGUACAGCAGUGUUAUUCUGCUACAUCUACAACAUCACAUUUUUUGGUGCCUUUCUAGCUCUAAAUGGAAGGCGAGAACAGGGCAAUAGACAUUGGCUGACCUGCAUGGUAGUACCAGAAGAAAAGGACAAUCCUGAUGGAAAUAUAUGUUAUGUAGGAGGGGCUUACGAUAAGGAGACUGGUACUGAAAAAGAAAUGCCAAUUCAUUUGUUCUUUAAGAAAUACUAUGGGCCAUUUUUGACACAUUCCUGCACUAAAGUAUUUAUGAUCAUUCUCUACUGUGGCUAUUUGGCUGCUAGCAUCUAUGGAUGCUUACAAAUCCAAGAAGGAAUUGAACUAAAAAAUUUAGCUGUAGACAGCUCAUAUGUUGUUGAAUACUAUGAUAAGGAAAAGAAAUACUUUUCAGAGUAUGGUCCCAAUGUCAUGAUAGUUAUCAAGGAUGAUGAAUUUCAAUACUGGAACACUAGUGCACGAGAGAGUCUUGACUUAUGUCUUCAAGAGUUUAAUAAUCUCUCCAUGACGUCCAAAGAUUUGCUUAUUUCUUGGCUUCAGUCUUACAUGCUUUAUGGAAAAGACACUUUAGAUUUAAAUGAUGAGAAUAUAUUCAAAACCAGCCUGCCUGGAUUUCUACAAGUUUCAAGAUUUAGUCAGGAUGUCAACUUUACUGACAACCAAAUUCUUGCCUCUCGCAUGUUUGUUCAGACAGUGAACAUUAGUAGAGCCAUUGAUGAAAAAAACAUGCUGAAUGCUUUUAGAGAAACUGCUGAAAAUUGCCAAGCAGUUGAUCUGUUAGUGUACCACUAUGCAUUUAUCUAUUUUGACCAAUAUGCUGUCAUAGUUAGCAACACUAUCCAAAAUGUAGUAGUCGCUACUCUGGCUAUGUUGGUCAUAUCCCUACUGUUGAUUCCAAACCCUAUCUGCUCUCUCUGGGUCACAUUUGCUAUUGCAUCUGUCAUUGUGGGCGUGGCCGGUUUCAUGGCACUGUGGGAUGUUAAUCUAGAUUCCAUAUCUAUGAUCAAUCUGGUCAUUUGCAUUGGUUUUUCUGUUGACUUCUCUGCUCACAUAUCCUAUGCUUUUGUCUCAAGUAAUGAGCCCUCAGGAAAUAAGAAGGCUAUAGAUGCUCUCUACAACCUUGGCUAUCCAAUGAUCCAGGCAGCAGUGUCGACCAUUGCAGGGGUAGUGGUGCUGGCAGCCUCACAAAGUUACAUUUUCAGGACGUUCUUUAAGAUCAUGUUCUUAGUCAUCCUUUUUGGGCUGGUUCAUGGUGUCGUAUUCAUACCCGUGUUCCUGUCCUUAUUGGGAUUUUGUGGUAAGGCACACAAUUCCAUCGAACAUGAAAAUACUACAAAGCAACACAACAACAUGAAGGAUCAGUCAGUGUUUGCUUACUCUAACUCAGGUUUUGCCUCUCAAAAAGAGUUAAAAAUGGAUCCAUAUGCACAUGAAUUUUCAAAUGUUUAUAAUUUGUCUCCUAGAGCUUCCAGCAAGCAAAGAGCUGUUCCGGAUCAGUCGCUUAUAUUUAGCAAUUCACUACCAUGGAAGAACGCUGACCCUGAUUGCCCCUAAUCCAGUAAUACUGCAUUCAUCUAGGCUGAUUUCCAGUAGGGUUUUCCAUUAAAGAGGAUACCCAGAUGGUGAGCCCUAGUGUCAAAAUCAGCAGAGAUGUUCUUCAUUCAGACAUUUGCUGUCCUGGUCCUUCUUUUCAUAAAAGUGCUCAGAAAUAAAAUAAUAAAUGCAAGAGUUACCUCAAAAGUCAAAUUAUUCAGAGCUGCUCUGAGAGCCAUCUCUUAAGGCCAACUGGUUUAUUUUUGUUACACAUGAUUCUCACUCAGCUUAGUGUGAUACACUAAAACAUUUUCAUGCAUUCUUUUGUAAAUUGUGCAGACAAUAAUGAAAUAUCAGUAUCAGAAUAAAAUGAUAUACUUUAAAAUGUAUAAUUAUGCCGAUUGUAACUAGUAAUGCUGAACCAUUAUCUAUGUAUGAAUACUGUUUUGUUUUUCUGGUAAGCUGUAAGUUGUAUUGCACAAUGUUUAAGCUACACAUACUACAGAACUGAAUGUAAUAGCAUAGCAUAUGGCACAGAAUGUAAAAGCAGUUUAUGAUGAUGUCUAAUAUAAUGUUUGUAUAAUUUGCAUACUUUGCUAAGUACUACCUUUCAUAUUCCAUCAUUCAUGUAUAGAUUUAGCUUUUAUUAUGAUGUGGGUACUCACGUAUGGAAAUUUGUUUGUAUAGCACUUAUUACAAGUGUUGUAAGGAAGUAGCUUCACAGAAAUUGGGUCAAGCCCUUAAUAAGCAAGCUGAGAGCAAUGGAGGCAAGAAAAACUCCCUAAGAACAUGAAGAAACACUGAGAGGUGAAGUAAUAUUUAGUACUACUCACAAGUAGUAUUGUAUAUCGUAUAUUUUAUUGUAAUGGUUUUAUCUUAUUUUGUGUGCAUGUUGACUGAGAUGACUUGGUGUGAAAUUUCUAUUUUGUUUUAUAACACAUAAACCAAUAAAGGCUUUCUAAAAUGUCUUGUAAAACAUGGGUGUGAUUUUGAUUCUGUAAAUGAAAGGAAGACUGAUAGACCUUUUUCUGUUUUGAAGUGUGUAGACAUUUUUAUGCAUUUACUUGUAAAUUCUCUAGCCAAGACUGAAAUGUCAGUAUCAGUUUAAAUUUUAUACUGCAUUUAUUUAUUUUUGUAUAUUAUAUAAUGUGUUUAA